UGUCAUUUGACGACAACGAAUUCCCAACGCGUAUUCCCCAAAUCGCAAUAGCAUGGCAACAACAGUGACGCGAUGUGGCAACGCUGGCAAGCACGAACAACAACAACGACAGCAGCAGCAGCAGCAUCCCAAAUAAAGGCAAAGGAAAGCAACAGGUUAUGUGGCGGCAUUUGCGUGCAAAAACGAGAAGCUUUCGCAUAAAAAGCUUCACGCUCAAGCCAUGAAUGAAAAGCACACACAACGCAACAACAAAGCAACUGCUCUCGAAGCGUCUGACUGUUAUCGGCUCUGCUCGGCUGCUGCUUCAGCUGCUGCUGGCGUAGACGUUGCUGCUGCUGUUGCUGCUGCUGCUGCUGCUGUUUGGCAUUUGCAUUUGGCGUUGGUUCUGUGUGUGCUCCCACAGGCGCUCAUUGCGCCGUUAGCCAGGCAUGCGAACGUACACGGCGCGCGUAAAAUAGUAAGAAAAGCUGAAGCUGUCUGCACUCGUGUUUUCAUCUGUUAUCCUUCAGCUCGUCGUGUGUCCUGUGUGUCGAUUUCACGCGCGAUUUUGUUUCGCAUCAAGCAUCUAGCAUCCGCCAGCAUCACAACAUUUGAAUUUUUCUACAAUAAAAGUGCAAAAAUCAACAGCAACUGUUAAUGGUCGCCAUUUAUAAUCAGCAUUAAUGCGAGUGUUAGUGUAUUCGUGUUUAGGUCUUUUUCUCUUUCGCGUUGUGUGCGUGUGUAUGAGAGUGUGUGCGUGUGUGUGUGUGUAGAAAUAUGCGCGGCAUACAGUUAAAUAUUCAAAUUUCAUUUGAAAUUACUGCACGCAUUUAAAUAAUUGUGCGAUGCCAGCACAAGUGUAAAAACGUGAAAAAUACUGAGAAGCAGAAAUAACAACAGCAAACCAUAAAGAAUAAUACAACAAGCAGAAGCAGCAAUAGCAACAACAACAAAGAAUUAAAAGAAAUUAAAAGAAAAAGAAAAAUAAAGAACAGGCGUUACACCCACAACGCAGCUGGCAACGGAGCCACAUCUAAUAGGAUUACGCGUCGCCUGACAGUUGCCGGAUUAAUACAACAACUCAAAUAGGAAACAGCAAAGUCGACGUUUUCCUCCUGCUUCUGUUUCUCUUUUGGUUUCUGCCUCUGCUUCCGCUCCUGCUUCAGCUUGCGUCAUGUGCUUAGCGUAGCAGCUUUGGAUGCGCCGCAAUGUGGACUUAUAUGAUGGCUGCCGCCCGCGGAGAUCGGGUCAACACAAUGAUGUCCACCAGACGCCGCCCCGAAACCGAAUCCCCCAAAUACGGAUACAACCUUUCCCGUCCCAUGUAUCGCACCACACGCUUCGUUGGCCCCGCCUCCUCGGCGCCCGCCCAACUGCCGUUUGGCGGCAGCAGCUCCAGUUCCAGCUGCAACACAGCUACGCAUCAGUUGGCCAUGCCACACGAGGAGCUGGAGAUCAGCGGCGGCCUCUAUGCGCCCUUUCAGCCGACGGCGGCGGCCAUCGGCAGCGAUGGCGUUUGUCUGCCGCGCAAGCAUUUAAUUGCCAACAAAACGGCACUGCCGUUGCCCUUGGGUCCAGAUAGCGUCGACGUUGAGGAGCGUCGCCUGCAUUAUCCGCGUGGCAGCUGGCAGCGCAGGCAUCGCAUUGAGCUGGACGAUGAUGACGACGACGACGACUACGAUGUCGAUGAUGAUGAAGAGGACGACGCCAAAGGCAACGGCAACGUUGAGGCGACGACAGCAGCAGCGGCGGCAGCAGCGGCAGCGUCAGCAGCUGAUGAUGAUGCUUUUGCCGAUGCUCCGGCGAUUGUCGAGCAGAAGCAGUCAACGCAGCCGCGUGCCUCAGAUGUUAACUAUAUGGAGAAUGGCAGGAAACUGAUACAAGAGCCAAAACAACGUAGCAAACCGUCAGCGUUGAGCAGAACGCUGCAGGCAUUGCGGCAACGUCUGACGAAACGGAAUCGCGCCAAGCCACCGGACUGGUUCCUCGAGAAGUUCUCGAACACAACGAACACGGACAAGAUUGGCAAGACGCCGGGCGGUGCCAUGGAUGAUGCGGCAUUAUCGAGUGAAAUUCGUGGCAGCAGCGCGCUCUGCAAUCGCCUCUCCGUCGACCCAACCCUGCAAUCCCAUUACAGGUGGCUCGCUGUGGUUUCGCUGGCGGUGCUCUACAACAUCAUCUUCGUGGUGGGUCGCUCCGUUUUCUGGGAGAUCAACAAGAAUGCGCCCGCCGUUUGGUAUACGCUGGAUUAUCUAUGCGAUUUCAUUUAUCUGCUGGAUACGCUUGUUCACAUGCACGAAGGUUUUCUGGACCAGGGUCUUCUUGUGCGCGAUGCGUUUCGUUUGAGGCGCCAUUACUUCCACACCAAGGGCUGGUAUCUGGACGUGCUGUCGAUGCUGCCCACGGAUCUGGCCUACAUCUGGUGGCCACCCGAAACCUGUUCCAGCCUCUACCUUCCCUGUCCGGUGAUAGUGCGUCUCAAUCGCUUGCUCCGUCUGCCCCGGCUCUGGGAAUGGUUUGAUCGCACUGAGACGGCGACGGGAUAUCCGAAUGCCUUUCGCAUCUGCAAGGUGGUGCUCGCGAUUCUGGUGCUGAUCCAUUGGAAUGCCUGCAUGUACUUUGCCAUCAGCUAUGAGAUUGGCUUCAGCUCCGAUUCGUGGGUCUACAAUCUGAAUGGAACGCGCAACAAUACGCUGCAACGGCAGUACAUCUAUAGCUUCUAUUGGUCCACUUUGACACUGACGACAAUUGGCGAGACACCGACGCCCGAGAAUGAUGUAGAGUAUCUGUUUGUGGUGGCUGAUUUCCUCGCCGGCGUUCUCAUCUUUGCCACCAUUGUGGGUAACAUCGGCUCGAUGAUAUCGAACAUGAAUGUGGCCCGCGUCGAAUUCCAGAAUCGCAUGGAUGGCGUCAAGCAGUACAUGGCCUUCCGACGUGUUGGCCAUGAGCUGGAGGCGCGUGUGAUACGCUGGUUUGCCUACACCUGGUCGCAGAGCGGCGCCCUCGACGAGGAGCGUGUGCUGGCCGCCUUGCCCGACAAGCUAAAGGCUGAGAUUGCCAUCCAGGUGCACAUGGACACCCUGAAGCAGGUGCGCAUCUUUCACGACACCGAACCGGGACUGCUGGAAGCCCUGGUGCUCAAGCUGAAGCUGCAAGUCUUCAGUCCGGGUGAUUACAUUUGCCGCAAGGGUGACGUCGGCAAGGAGAUGUACAUUGUGAAGCGUGGCAAGCUGUCGGUGGUGGGCGAUGAUGGCAUCACGGUGUUGGCCACACUCGGUGCUGGCUCCGUCUUUGGGGAGGUGUCGGUGCUGGAGAUUGCCGGCAAUCGGACGGGCAAUCGACGUACAGCGAAUGUGCGUUCGCUGGGCUACUCGGAUCUCUUUUGUCUGGCCAAACGGGAUCUGUGGGAGACGCUCGCGGAUUAUCCGGAGGCACGCUCCACGCUCACGCAACGCGGCUGUCAGCUGCUGCGAAAAGAUGGACUGCUCGAUGAGCAGAUAUUUGCGGACUCGCAGCGUGUGCAUGAUAGCAUCGAGGGCGGCAUCGAGAAACUGGAGCUGUCCGUGGAGAACCUCAAUAUGCGACUGGCUCGCUUGCUGGCCGAGUACACAGCGAGUCAGGCGAAAAUCAAGCAGCGUCUGGCCAAGCUGGAGCUCAAUGGCGGUGGCUCUGUAGGCGGUGCGGGGGGCCGAGGUGGAGAGGAUGAGCCACAGAUGCGUGCACGCAGCGGUCGUCUUUAUUCCCUGCAGACCAAACGGCGCCCACGUGCGCGCCUUGAAGCGGCUGCCAAGAGCGGCGACGCGGCCAAACAGAAUACGCUCUAAGCGAGGGGACACCUCCAGGAGGCGGGUGAAACCUAUGCCACAUGGCGGCAUUCCAAGUGUCGCGUACUGUCAAACGCUCUGCAAGUUUUUUUUUGCUGCAAAACUAGUGAUAAAUGCAUUCAACUUGAGGGAGUUACGACUAUGGAAAAUGAUGCUGCAGAUUAAAAAGUUUCCCCGUUUGAGCGGAUGAUGUUAGGGUGGGGAAUCAACCGGGGAGAGGGGAGCGGGAAGCUACGGCAGCUUGGCUGGGCGCCAGUUAGACGCGCGUGUAAAUCAAUUUUUAAUUUUUACAAUUAGUUUAAGGGAACACUGUGGAACAAGAGAGACGGCGAAGGCGAGGGAGGAAUGUUUGUCAGCGAGAGUUUUUGGUUCGAACUUUUUAUGUUUGUGUUGUUUUUUGUAGCGCAACUUUAUAAAUUUGUAAAAUGAUUCAAACUGAAUGUGCCUCAAAGUGUGUAAAAGUAGAUUAGUUAAGAGCAACAGCAACAAAAUUAAAUUAGCUCUCUCGUUCGAUGAACGGUGAACGAAAGGUAAGCGAGCGAUUAGUCUAUAGAAAAGGGGAGCGAAGUUUUGGAGGAGUAAAGUGAAACAGACGACGAUUUCUUGUAUCGUUGUAAAUAUGUAUAAGUCGAGCUGAAACAUUGUGAAUGCGAAACUCGGCAAUAGUCCAAUUUUAUAAGCUAAAAAAGGCAUUUUAUUUUUCUAAAAAAAAAACAAGAAAGAAAGCAGUCAAAGUACACAGAAGUAAGGUCCAAAUAUAAAUAUUACUUAUUGCACCUAGGACAACAAAAACAACUACGACUAAAACAACCACCAAACGACAUUUGCUGAAAUAGAAGAAGAUGGAAAAUCAAAACGAAAACUACUAAAAUCAAAUAAUAAAAAAAACGCAUUUCCUAUUUGUCAUACAUGAAUGCAUUCUCUUUGAUUUUGUGCUGCGACAGUGCAGCAGGAAAUAACAGAAAAGUGCAUGGCCACCUUUUCUACCUUAAGUUCUACUUAUGUGUAAGGAUAAAUAGUAUAGAUAUACGUAGAUAUAUUUACAGUGCGAAGAGGAAAUAGAGGAGAAUAGGGGAGAAGGGGGAGCAACAGUAAUGAAAAACCAUGUUAACAUUUUUUCGAGUCAGCGAAUUGUAAGUGUAAUUUCAGUGUUAAGAGCAAAACGCUUCCAAAGCCAAAUUUGAAGAAACAAAUUGUAAUUGUAAACCACACAAAAACAACGACACACACACAUACACACUUACAUCACACACACACACACUUACAUCACACACAGACACAGCAACACACAUGUUGAAAACUGUAUUUUUAUAUUAGCCUGAUAAAUGUACGAGAAUUGUAAAUGUAAGCAGAAUCUAUUAAUAAAUUGUGAGAACCUUAAAAUGGUAGCUGGUUCUA